AUGGAGCACAAUCAGCCCUCCACGGCCCUGUUCGACGUCUUCCUCCGUCUGCGGCCAGGCCAAGCAGACCGCGAGCGCUUCCUCGAUGUCGAAGAGACACUGUCCGCAGCGCCCACCCACAUCACCAUCAAACCUCCCGCCAAAGACACACGAAAGCGAGCAGUCGAGCGAUUCGCCUUUACACGAGUCUUCGAGGAGAAUGCGGGACAGCGAGAUGUCCUCGAGUCGACUGGCGCAGUGCGGCUUGUUGAAGGUGUGCUUGGCGCACCGGGAAGCGAGGGCCGCGAUGCACUGUUGGCUACACUUGGUGUCACAGGAUCGGGAAAGAGCCACACAAUCCUCGGAUCCAAGACGCAGCGUGGCCUGACUCAGCUGACGCUCGACGUACUCUUCCAACACACCGAGCCAUACCUCGCGAAUGUCGACGCCAGCGAAGCAGUCUACUCUUCGCUAUGCUCUGCAGAUGUCUCGGAAUCACAGCUCCUCCCUGCAACCACAUACCUGGACAACCUCUACGGCAACGGCGACACGACUCGCAUGUCCAGAGCCACAACGCCCGCUUUGGUACGACACGAAACGCCCAUUCUCCCAGGCGCAUUUCCUUCCUCCAAAGAACCCAUCACAGUCUAUGAUAGACUAUACCCUGUUCUCCCCGACCACCCAUCACUUGCCCCCUCCCCUACAAAGUCUUCCUCCAUCAACCCCAUAUCCCGCUUUGCACAUGUUACUCGCAGUCUCGCCAAACUUACCCAGUCGUUUCACCAGGAUACCUCGUUUUUGUCUGCCGCCGCUACAUCGAAACGCUACACUCCACGUGUGUCUACCCUGCCACAAUCCCCAUCCGUCCAGGACAUCCAGAUCGACAUCGACGAGGAUGCCGAGUAUGCUAUCGUCAUCAGCAUGUACGAGGUCUACAACGACCGAAUCUUCGACCUGUUGACAGCCACCGUUAUGGCUGGGAAGAGUCCGGCAAAGAGACGUGCACUGCUAUUCAAGAGCACCGAGUCGAGCCCAGAUCGAAAGGUGGUUGCCGGUCUGAAGAAGGUCGUCUGCUCGAGCCUGGAAGAGGCGUUGCUAGUCCUGGAGACUGGUCUGCAAGAGAGAAGAGUUGCUGGCACUGGAAGCAAUGCCGUCAGCUCGAGAAGUCACGGCUUCUUUUGCCUGGAUGUCAAAAAGCGCCAUCGCGGAAGAGGUGUGCCUGGGCCUUGGACAAGCAGCACCAUGACUAUCGUCGAUCUCGCCGGCUCCGAACGUGCUCGCACCGCAAAGACUGCAGGUGCCACCCUCGCAGAAGCCGGCAAGAUCAAUGAGUCCCUCAUGUAUCUUGGCCAGUGCAUGCAGAUGCAAUCUGACAACGCCCACACUACAAAUCCUCACCUCGUGCCGUACCGCCAAUGCAAACUCACCGAGCUGCUCUUCAGCAACAGCUUCAACCAAGGACUCCACCACAAACCACCUCAGAAAGCCAUCAUGAUCGUCACCGCAGAUCCACUUGGCGACUUCAACGCGACCUCUCAGAUUCUGCGAUACAGCGCUCUUGCAAGAGAAGUUACAGUCCCACGCAUUCCAAGCGUCACAUCUACCAUACUCGCCGGCACAUCAGCAGUUCCAUCUUCCAACAGCCGCCCAGAGACACCUUCUGCCAUCGUCGAGGAGCUGGAAGCGACCCUAGCAGAAGUCGCACGUCUACGUGAAGAACUCGACAUCACCCAGCUCCGCCUGGAAGAGGAAACUCAACGCCGCCUCGAAGCAGAAGCAUCCUGGACGACGGCCGAAAUGCGCAUCGACGAAGUCGAAGCUGAAAUCCGCGAAGAAGUAUGGUCCGAAAUGGAGUCUCAACUAGAGCACGAGAAGCGAAGAUGGCGAGCCGCUCGCGAUGAAGAGCUAGAUCGCCAGGACGAGCACCUUGACCGCAAGUUGGAGAUUAUGGCAAGAGGUAUCGAAGUCUACGAAGACGAGGACAAAGAGAACGAGGCUCCCAUCGGCGGUGAAGAUUUCGCUGAGAGUGUGAUGGAGGGUCUCAGUGAGAAGGUGGGGAAGAUGAAGGUCGCCGAUGGAAGAGUCGGAGAGUUGGAAGAUGAGAAUGCCAAGCUCAGGGACAGGCUGGCGAUGAUGGAGAGGGAGAAGGGCCUGAGGAGUCCGAGUAAGAAGAUGAGAGUUUUGAAGACGAGGAAGUGA